UCAGCCAUGGAAGAAAAUGGAGCUCUGCAUGAAGACAGAUAACAUUUUGAAUAGUGUCUAAAAUAGCCUAGAAUACGGCGUAUGCUUGAUUUGGGUCAGGUCCGCGUCAAGAAAUAGUACCCGUUGUGUGAAUGUCGACUUAAAUUUACACACGAUGAGGGGGCAGAGAUUUGAGAAAGAGGAGGGACUGCCAUGGUGUCGAACGCGCCCAGCCAAAUACCGUCAGGGCAUUAUCCCACUGUUCUCUGCACAGGGCCAAACUUUAAGCGUAUGGUCGCUCGUUGUGGCACUCGUCCAGAUAGGCUAUAAGGUUUUGGACGUGCUCAAAACUUUUAGCUGUUGCGAAGCUCCACUUUCCCGUAGGCUACCUUGUCAAAAGCUUUCUCCUAUUAGGCCUAUGCAUCUUAGCUGUAGGUAGAUCAGAUUUAUAACCGAGAUGUACUACACUAGUCGGAUAUAAUAGGCCUAUUAUUUUAGCCAUAAUAGAGAACAAAAGAUACGUGCUCGUUUAGAGACAUUUUUUCGUUUGGAAAUCAGAAGGUAAAACACCAUAUCGCGCUGCAAUGGAAGUGCAUCCAUGCAACUCUGUGUCCGUGUUUUGCCCCAAAGGACUACAGUGGACUCUGCUACUGCUCUGGUUAACCUUCAGCACUCACGGGGCGUGGGCAACGAUGCAUAGAAAGUUUUCAUCCAGCACACAGCUCAACAAAGAGAUGGAUGCACCAUCACGAACACCCAUUUACGAAAAAAGAAACUGGUGCCCCCAUACUGCAACUAAGACGGUGACAUGUCACGUGCACAAUGGAACAAUUCUUCAGCGUGUGUAUCAGACCUGUCGCUGGUCUCAUGGUUGUACAGGAGGAAGCUAUCGCACUGUGGUGCGACCAUCCUAUAAGGUGGUGUACCGCACAGUUACCACUCUUGAAUGGAAAUGUUGUUCAGGCUUCACUGGAGCUCACUGUGAAAAUGCGUCACAAAAUCAGCUACUGCCUCAGGAAGUUGUGCGGAAACAGGACUCAGUAACCAAACCUCCUGGACAGGCAGGAGAAAUACAAAACUGCCUGAAUUGUAGUCAAAUAACUUUCCUGUCUGAGCGCCUAAGGACUCUGGAGACAAGGGUUCAGCUCCUCACUGACCCUGCCUCCAACCAUGACCACCUGCAAGUCAAAGGUGGAUCAGCACCAGAAUCCACUUUAAUGGGAACAACUCAAGUCAAACAGCCUCCUGCUUCACAGGGCUCCGUAGGGAAACCAGGGUCUCCAGGACUCCCAGGCCCAAAGGGAGAAGCAGGUGUGAGGGGUCCUGCUGGAGCACAAGGGACUUCUGGACCCUCAGGACCCCGUGGACCACCAGGUCUCCCAGGGGAAAGAGGACUUCCUGGUCCUCCUGGCCCUCCUGGGUCUCAAGCCCCUGUACCACAACCAGACAUGGGCCACUCAAAAGACUUGCUUCUAUCAAAUGCUUUUCCAGACCAAAGGGGGGUAUCUGUGCAAGGGCCCAAAGGAGCAGUAGGUCCUCCAGGACCAGUUGGCCCAAUGGGACCUCCUGGAAAAAUUGGACAGAUUGGAAAGCCAGGGGCUCCUGGGGUCCAGGGCCCAGUUGGGCCAAAGGGUGAACGAGGAGAAAGAGGACCUUUGGGAUAUCCAGGUGAUAGAGGGUUCAAAGGAGAUCCGGGACAACCAGGAGCUAAGGGCGAGGUAGGAGAGAAAGGCCUCCCGGACAUUAGUUUGCAGAUGUACCGUGAGCUGCAAGCAGACCUUGAGCUUCUCGCUCGCAGGGUGCAACUGCUGGAGGCAAUCAUCUGGCCAGAGCCAGAUAUUGGAUCAGGAGAUGGACCCUUUAGCACCACAUCAACUGAAUUCUCCCGGAACAAGAGAAGGACACGCCCUUUGCCACCUCAUGUCCUAUCUCUUCAGACAGCAAAUCAAAAUUUUCAUGGGAAAUGAUCCUUUUGACAAAAAAAGUUAUGAAGAUAUUGAUCUUCUCAGAUGUCUCUCAGAGGCAACACCACUCUAAUAUCCUUUCAUUUCACUGAUUUUGUAGUUAUCCAUGAUGUCCUCCCCAGGACAUAUGAUUUAGUAAAUAUGGGUGAAAACCUCAGGGAAGAUGGGUGGAUGUUGUGGGGACUGCCUCCCUGGAAAUCUCUUGCACAUUCUCCAUCUGUUCAUUGUACAUGUAUUCUAACCAGAAAUGCAUUCCUGAAAAGUGAAGUUGCCUGUAGAUAUACAACAUUCUAGAAAACAAAGAAAAGCAAACUGGAAACAUGUACAUGCUUAAAGUAUAUAUGCAUGGUCUGCAAGUAACCAGUUGUUUGUUGCAUUACUCAAACCAUAAUUGUGUAAUGUCCUUCCUGUAUGACACUAAGACCAAUGUAUUUAAAAUGUUGUAAUAUUUGUUUAAUCCAUUUGUAGAAUCAUGAACACAUGUAGGGGCCCUGUAAUAAAUAAAUUCUCAUUCCAAAAUGAA